AUGGAUUAUGUUUUUACUCUGUCUGGAUUUAAUGACACCAUAGAUCACAGAGCUACUGUCUUUUCUUUCACAUUAUUGUGUUACUUUGUGAUUGUAUUUGUUAAUGUUUCCCUCAUCAUAACUAUUACCUUUGAUGAAAAAUUGCAUGAGCCUAUGUAUAUUUUACUAUGUGUUUGUUGUAUCAAUGGACUUUAUGGAACAGCAGGUUUUUACCCCAAAUUCCUGACUGACCUGCUGUCCUCCUCUCAGGUUAUCUCCUACAGCGGAUGUCUCUUUCAGGCUUUUGUGCUCUACUCGUUUGUCUGCAGUGACACAUCUAUUCUCGCUGUCAUGGCUUAUGAUCGAUACUUGGCCAUUUGUCUGCCUCUGCAUUACCACUCCAUCAUGACUCGUAAGAGGCUCUUUAAUCUGGUGUGCUUGUCUUGGCUAACACCUUUCUGUAUUUUCUCCAUUAACAUCAUGCUGACAAACAGACUCAGAUUCUGUUCUACAAACAUUCAGAGACUCUAUUGUGUCAACUGGGUGAUUGUUAAACUGGCUUGCCCUGGUAUAGACACUUUCAUAAACAAUAUUUUUGCAUUUACCACACUGUCAAUUUAUAUUUUGCAUUGGCUUUUUAUUGUAUGGACUUACAUAUAUAUUGUUAAAACAUGUGUGCAAUCAAAAGAGGAAAGGACAAAGUUUAUGCAGACAUGUGUGCCCCAUUUAAUCUCCCUGCUCACUCUAUUUGUUGUUGUGGUGUCUGAUUUCCUACAGAUGCGAUUCCUCCCUGAAAAUGUACCUCAAUCCUUUAAAAAUGUAGGUGCUAUAGCUGUGGUCUUUUUUCCUCCACUGAUGGAUCCUUUACUUUAUGGAUUCAAACUCACAAAGAUUCGCAAGAGAAUUUUUGUUCUCUUUCGUAUGAGAGAAAACUGA